AUGCAGCCCCGGGCGGCGCUGACCGCUGUGCUGACCGCUGUGCUCCUGCUGGGGCCCCGGCCUGGACGGGCCCGGCUGCAGAGCGGACAGACGGUGUGCCGGGGUGGGACCCAGAGACCCUGCUACAAAAUCGUUUACUUCCACGACGCUUCGCGCAGGGUCGGCUUCGAGGAGGCCCGCGCGGCCUGCGGCAGGGAUGGCGGGCAGCUGGUCAGCGUUGAGUCGGAGGCCGAGCAGAGCCUGAUGGAGAAAUUGAUCCGGAGCCUCGCAGCUUCUGAUGGGGAUUUCUGGAUCGGGCUGCGGCGGCGGAUGGAGGAGAAGCAGGGCCCCGGCCCAGCCUGCGGGGAGCUGUACGCCUGGGAGGACGGCAGCCCCGCCAGGUUCCGGAACUGGUACUCAGAUGAGCCGUCAUGUGGGAACGAGGUCUGCGUGGUCCUCUAUCACCAGCCGUCGGCACCUGCCGGCCCCGGGGGCCCAUACCUCUUCCAGUGGAAUGAUGACCGGUGCCACAUGAAGAACAAUUUCAUCUGCAAAUACUCAGAUGAGAGAACGACAGCUGCUUCGACGGGAUGGGGAGCUGGGCAUAGGGGAGAGGGGCCCGAGCCGUUGACACCAACCUUGACAGGACAGCCCCGGAGAGACGCCAAUGAAACGCUGAAAGAGACCAAAGAGGCCGGUCUGAACAUCCUCUCCAUCCUCAUUCCCAGCAUCUCCCUGCUCCUCCUCCUGGCUGUCACCGCAGCCGUGGGCUGUGUUUGGAUCGGUGUGAAGAGGAGGCGAGAGGGGGCUGGCCCCUGGCCGAAGAAGCAGAGCACCGGGGAGCCCCCCCGGCCCCCGAGCAGCCCCAACCUGGAGGUGCACAACGUCAUCCGGAAACAGGACGAAGCCGAUCUGGCCGGGACGCGCCCGGCCCCCGAGAACAUCUCGUUCCUCCCCCGCCCGGGCACCGGACCCCGCCUUGGUCCUCCAGGGGCUCGCCACCCCGAGACCCGGGACCUGCCCGAGGCAGGGCUCGGGACGCUGGUGAGCCCGGAGAGUGGAUUCGUGACCAACGACAUCUACGAGCUGUCCCACGACCGGAGGGGCAGAAGCAAGCAGUCCGCCUGGGUGGAAAAUGAUAUUUAUGGUUACGAGCCAGACUGGCAGAGUUCCAACAGGCCCCCGCCGUGCCAAAAGGAGAAGUGAGAGGGUUUUCUCCCCACGGGCCGCAAGUCUGGGCCCCUCUGGCUCCAGUUUCUCAAGGACAAGGACCACGAGACACCCCCCGCUUCCCCCAUCCCCUCCCGACACCUAGAGCAUGGGCCUGGAAAUCAGAAAGACCUGGGUUCUAAUUUACAUGUCUGCUGUGUGACCUUAGUCACUUCACUUCUCUGGGCCUCAGUUACCUCAUCUGUAAAAUGGGGGUUAAAGACUGUGAGCCCCAUGUGGGAAAGGGACUGUGCCCAACCUGAUUAACUUGUACUUACCUCAGCGCUUAGAACGGUGCUUGGCACAUAGUGCUUAACAACUACCAUGAUAAUUAUUAAUAUUAUUGUUAUUAUUCCUGGGUCUGGGCCUCUCUUCUUUGGCAGCCUCUGUCUGUGCUCCCAAAGCGCCUUUGCUCUUGGAAAUAAAAAGCAAACCCACCCACUGGCUUCCAGGCCUCUGUUGCAAGGUUGUCUCAAACAGUAGCAUGUUCUUCAUCUGCAUCACCUUUCACCCCUACCGGUGUCCCCCCUACUCGGCCAAUAUCUCCCUGAAGGGGGAGGAUUUGGGCCCCAGGCCCCCAGAAGAAAUGCUGCUAUGUGAUGGCAGCAUAGGUGGACUGCAGAGGAACGGGCCUUGGGUGGGGCGGGCAGGGAAGGAGGGGUAGAUCUGGGACUUGAUAAUGUUCUUGCAAAAGUCAUUUCCCAAAAAUCCAAGAGAGCAAAGCCAGAGAGUGGCUGGGAUCAAGGAAGGAAUUUACCUGCCAUUGCUCAGGUGGGUCGAGCCAUAAUAAAUUCUGUUUUUGCCAUUCA